AUGAAAUACAAUACCGUACUUCUGAUCGUGAUACUUUUGCUAAGUGUCACUCCAUCAAAAUCAAUUCUGUGGAGCCUUUUCGGUGGUGGUGGUGAAAAGAAAUGUUGCUGCCCUCCACCUAUUCCUCCUGUUUCUCAAUGCUGCCCAGCUCCAGCUCCUCCUCGUCCUCCUCCUCCUCCUCCUCCUUGCUGCAUGUGCUGCUGCAAAAGUGGUGGCGGUGGCGGUGGUGGUCUUCUUGGUGGUCUCUUGGGACCGCUCGGAAGUAUUUUUGGUGGUGGCGGUGGCGGUGGAGGUGGUUGUUGCUGCCCGCCUCCACGUCCUCCUCCUCCUCCUUGCUGCUGCGGCGGUGGUGGUGGUGGCGGCGGUGGUGGUCUUGGUGGUCUGUUGGGACCGCUCGGUGGUAUUUUUGGUGACAUCAUCGAUUUGCUCUUGAAACAGAAUGAUGGCGAGGGCGGAAGAGAAGAGCCCGCAUUCGUCAUAGGUAGCCUGCCUGCUGAAAUGCUGCUUUUCCUCGUCGUCACUUCAAUGGCUUCGGCUUAUGCGCAACUAUAUCCGACACUCAUACAACCACGACCGAUCUAUCUACCGUCACACUUGCAGCCAAAUUUGCAGGUACAGUCGCCUGAGGUGUUGGCUGGAACCGUUCCUGUCUACGAGCCAGUCUACCCUCCACAACAAACUAUCAUUGCCAGCUCUUCUGUUCCCGUAUCUCCUGUAUCAACAAUCGCUACUCCGCCUGUUGUGAUGCGAGCAGUGCCGAUGGCAGCACCGUAUGGACCUCCCGUAGGACCACAGUUCGUACAAGCGGCAGCUCAGCAAGAUUAUUCUUAUGCAUAUGGUUAUGCACCACAGCAAAAACCUGAUGGUCCAUUGAAGAGGUUCCUUCGAGGAGCGGCUGACGGAUUCAUGUUAGGUACUAUGGGUUGGUUGGGAUAA